CUCUCUCUCUCUCUCUCUCUCUCUCUCUCUCUCUCUCUCUCUCUCUCUCUCCUCCUCCUCCCAGCAUCUGCGUCGUCGUUUCGAUACAAAAUGCUGGGUUCAAGAUUCUGCGUCCGCACCGUAGCCGGCGUGGGCUCCGCCGCGGCAGAUCACACGAAUGCCGCCGCAACCAUCGCCCGCUCCGCUCCCAACUCUGUCGCCCUCGAUUUCUCGCCGCUCCACCUUCCGCCGCUCCGGUCCCGCCGCUUACGCUGCCGCCGAUCCGUCCUCAUUUCCUGCAAUUCCUCUCGCCGCAGAUCCAGCUCCGACGAUUCUCUCGGCAACGAUUAUCUCGAAGCUUCUCUCCUUCUCUCAGAAACGUUCUCGCACUAUCAUAUGUGGAAGAAAGGAUUCCAAGCGGAGUUUCAAUGGAAAUCGUCUGCGCCAUCAAUUCCCUUGUCCAGAACGGAUAGUAGUUUAUUGAGACAUAGCUUUCUACAGCGUUUCCAGAACCCUACGAUUUUUCUCAGGAUUUCUUGCGAUGGAGACUAUAUACUGCCAAUUGUUGUAGGAAAGAUUGCUAUUGAGAAACUUAUGGACGAGGAGUUUCAACGAGAAAGUGAGGAUUGUCCUGAUCAGUUCCAGUUUGUGAAAAAUCUAGUUGGAAGAUUAGACCAUGAAGUGAUAAUGGUGAGAAUUACAGAGAGAGUGGUCAGCACUUACUUUGCUAGAUUGUACAUUAACCAGCCAGGGAAAAGUGAUCUUAUCAGUGUGGAUGCACGUCCCUCAGAUGCUAUCAACGUUGCAAAUAGAUGCAAGGCUCCGAUAUAUGUAAGUAAAGAAAUUGUUUUCACAGAUGCUAUCCGAAUUGGUUAUGGAAUGGGCAGAGUACGUAAUAAAAAGGCUGUUUAUGAUGUAUUGCUUGACAGCCCUGUAGAUGGUCCAGAUUUGGUAGCUCAAGAACUAAGUAUGAUGCAUAAUAUGCAUAUAGCUAUCAAACAGGAAAGAUUUAAAGAUGCAGCUAUAUGGAGAGACAAACUUGCAAAUCUUCGUAAAUCAGCCCAUGAACACUAAUUAGCUUGUUAGGGUGAAUUCUGACGAAGAAUGUGGGGGAAAUGUAUGAGUAAUGUUAUUCCUGUUAAUUUCUAGACGGAGAUUUAUUGGGGUAUUGGUUACAGAAAUGAAGGAAACUAGCAAAAUCUUGUACAGCUGUGUAUUAUAGUUUUCGACCCCACUUUAUGUACAUAAAUUAUUGAAAUGCCAAUACCUUGUAGAAGAUUGUCAAGCAUCUGCCAAUACCCAGAAAUUACCAUGAUCAUCUUGUAUGUAUUCACUGUUCAAUCCCAGGACAUGGGUCAUGGCUAUUAAUGAGAAUCGGCUUCUGUUUGCUUUA